AUGUGUGACGUAUACAGAGUUUCCUCCUCUGUUAAAGUGGAGCAGAUGGAGGCAGAUCUGUUGCGUCAACUCUCCUCGCUCAGGGCGGAGAUUGAGGAGAGUGGAGUUCCUCAAGAAGCAGUACCCUCCAGAUGUUACAGUUCGGUUCUGCCUCCAAAAGAUAUUUCCUUCUUCCGUGUGGAGAGGGAACACACACUGAGGAGAGGGCUUCAGGUGGCUGAAGCUUUGCCACUUCAGUCUCAGGCAGACGUCAUGCAGAGAGAGCUGGAUAGCUGCUUGAGCCUAGAGUACACUCCUGACAGUCUUCCCCCACUGCUGCACCAGUUCUACACCGACAGAUCGUAUCACCUGGCUCAGAUCAAAUAUCUGCUCAUGCUGAGAUGGAGAAGAUUCUGCCGCCACACCAGCGUCAUUGAAACGCAUUAUCCUCAUUACAAGGUGACAAAAUAAGUCUCAUUUUGCCAGCACUUAAAAAUGACACAUCAAGACAGGAGGGUUUCUUCUUGCAGCUUAUUAUCCUUACAGUUCA